GCUGCCUUUCUUGAUCCCGUUUCAUAAUUGUACAAAGUAGUGGUAAUUCUGUUCCAACCAGAAAGUUGAAAUGAGGAAAAAAAUUGCUUUUGUUAUAGCGUUGGUCUUAUAUUUUUCUCUUUAUGUAAUGCUAAUUCGAAGAUCACCUCGAAUUUUUAAAAUCGCAUCAAAGAUUCAAAUUAUCACUAGCGCAAACGUACAAAUCAAUGUGAGUAGUGAAAAAAAUCACAAAAUAUUCCACGGCUAUUUUCAACGGCAGAUCUGCCGACAAAUAUACGGCAAAAUAGCUAUUGUUUCGACCAUGACGGCUGGUAAUUACGUGAAAAAUGUCGUUAAUAACGCAGUACAAUCAAUUAAAUGUUAUGCCAAAUUGAGAGGUUAUGAUUUGUAUCAAAUACAGGAGGAGAAAGAUGGAAAUUAUACAGGAACAAACGGAUGGACUAUUCCAAAACAAUGUCUGAAAGGAGAAGUAGCUUUAAUGAAGAAACGACAUUGCUUUAUUGCUCAUUUACUUUAUCAUUAUGACUAUAUUGUUCAUUUGGAUGCUGACACUGGUGUUGUUAAUCCAAAUCAUUGUUUCGAAGAAUACAUCACGCCAGGAAUUGAUGUAUUUCUUCUAGAAAGAGUUCACUCUGGUGAAAUACAAGCUGGUCAUUAUAUAGUAAGGAAUUCAACUUAUUCCCGCGACUUUUUAAUGGCAUGGUUCAGACGUAUGUUUGAACAAAAACGAGUCGACAAUGCAGAGUUAGUUUUUGAAUUUCACUCACGCGUUGUAAGCAAAGAAGAUAUAGCUAAUUGUAAGCAGUGGUAUUUUAAAUAUAAUAGAUGCAUUAAGAAGGUGAUGAAUGGUCAAAUGAUAUUCAAGAACUUUAAAGUAUACAGAAUAGCUCAUGGAUUCGUUCGAGACGCUUGGACAACUGGUUUUAAGUGGUCGGAUAAAGACUUCCUACUACAUGCAAUGAAACAUCAAGAUGACGUUCUGUUUACAAGAAAAUUAUCACCGAACGAUUGUUUAAAUGAUAAGUGGAACCUUCCUUUGAACAAGUCUUUAAUUGUUGACAUGACGAGGAUGAAAAACAUAUGGAGAAAUGUUGAUAUGGAUAUGGUCAAUGAUGGACUUCGUAUUGAGCAAGCUGAUAUAGCAGAUUGCUGGCCUCAAUGUCCAGAUAAUAUAACAAUGUCGUGA